AUGCUUUCACAAACAGUGGGACCAGAUAUGACCUUUGAUAAACCCACUGGAAACACUGGUGAGGAAAAUGUUGGCGAAACUAGACGCGCAGUUGGCACCAGCCGUAUCGAUUGUGCCACUAUGGAGCCGAGCUGUGAGGUGGAGCAAUAUGAUGCAACUCGUGGUGCGAAUGUAAGCCUUACCCAUGGGAUCAGUGCACUUCCUGAAGGCAAUUGCUCAGGAGCUGCUCUGUCAAUCGACACCAUGGAGAUUCGUAGCAGUACAGUACGAUACUUGUAUUUUCUCGGUGGACACUUCCAAUAUGUGUAUCUGCACGAUACCACCUCGUUUUGGGGAAGGAACUACAAUAGAGGAGUUCAUCGUUUCCAGAAUUUUCGGUUCAAUCAGAAGCAGGAGCCGAACCAGCCACCACAAACACAAAAUGAUCUUAUAUAUUUCGUGGUGAAAUACUGGGAGAAUGAAGUCACUUUGUCCGAAUGGCAUACGUCAAAUACGGCACGAUCUGCUAUCAACAAGUGGUGCUGGGUGUGCUGGGUGAUGUCGUACCUGUUUUAG